AUGAUUGUCAAGACCAUCGGCAACAAGUUCUUCCUCGCCCCCAUCAAGGCUGAGGUGACGCACCGCAUCCUCGAUAUAGGAACCGGUACCGGAAUCUGGGCCAUCGAGAUUGCCGACUUGUUUCCAAACGCCGAGAUCUUUGGGAACGAUCUGAGCCCGAUACAACCAGCUUGGGUGCCGCCGAACGUCAGAUUCGAGAUUGAUGAUGUCGAAAGCGCUUGGGUUGUCGACGAGAAAUACGACUUUAUUUUCACGCGAUACAUGGCUGCUUCAAUCGCAGAUUGGCCGAAGCUGGUCCAUAGAGUAUAUGAAAACCUCGCGCCAAACGGCUGGGCUGAAUUCCAAGACAUGAGCGUUCUCUACGCGUGCGAUGACGGAACACUGACCGAGAAGCAUGCAAUCAUGAAGUGGGACCGUCUUUUCAUCGAGGCUUGCAAAAUGCUGGGGCGCGAAGACUCCCCUGGCCCCAAACUCGAGGGUUGGGUUCGUGAAGCUCCCUUCAAGAAUGUGGUUCACCAGCACUUCAAGAUUCCUCUGGGUCCAUGGACCAAGGACGCGCACAACAAAGAUCUUGGAAUGUGCAAUCUUGCUCAAACUCUUGAGGGCCUCGAUGCAUUCACCUUGAAGCUGUUCAUUGGGGUGCUUGGAUGGACUAGGGAAGAGGUGAUGGUGCUGUUAGCCCAGGUUCGCCAAGAAUUGAAGAGUGGUGCUUUCCACGCAUACCUUAACUACCACGUCGUUUACGGACAGAAGAUUGAAGAGGAAGAGGAAGCAGCUGCGGAGGACUAA